CAUGUGAAGAAAAUUAUUUAUUUUGUGUCUUUCCUUGUCAAUAACUUGUUUAAGAAUUGUUUCAUAGUAUUUUUCAGCUUUCGUGUUGAACGUUAUCAACUAAAUACUUGUAUCAAGAUUGUUUUGCUCACAUAGAAAAGAUCCGUUUUAACCUAGUAAUUUCAUAGGGAGCAACACAUAGCAAAAUGCGAAUGCGCGAAAUUUUUAAAACACCAGGUGAAAACUCCGAAUCCGAUGAACUGGAUGAAUUAGCAGAUGUAGAAGAUGUUGAAGAUGCCGCGGUGUAUGAGGUACAUUUGGAGGAACCUUUCGAAUCAGAAGACUCUGAAGUCGAGUAUGGAAUCGCAAAUGGCAGUGGCAAUAUAGCGAAUGGACAACAAUCGGAUGCGGAAGACUCAGACUUCGACCCAAAUGUUGAUGAAGAUGAAGACAGUUCAGAUUUUCAACCAGAUGACUCGGAUGAUUCGAUGUCAGACACUGGUAAUCAAGAAGUUAUAAGAAAAUCCAAAACAAAUUCAGGCGAUGAUACCGGUCCAGGAUCAAGUGGUGUUGGUAGAAAUAAUGCCGGCGCAGAUGGAGUUAGUAGCGCAUUAGAACUUAAUGAAGAUGAAGAAGAUGAUGAAACGGUCCGAGCCAUAAUUGCGGCCAUUAAAAAACCUCGUACCGCACCACCAGAAAUCAAAUUAGAUGAUUUUAUUACCGAUAUUUGUUUUCAUCCGGAACGUGACAUUAUAGCACUUGCAACGAUUACAGGAGAUGUAUGUCUAUAUGCCUAUUCAAAUGAAGAAAAUACACUACUACGAAAUAUUGAAAUACACGCAAAAUCGUGUAGAGACGUUGAAUUCACAGAAGAUGGCCGUGAUUUACUAACAUGUUCCAAAGACAAAUCCAUUAUGAUAACCGACAUGGAGACAGAGAAGCUGAAGAAAUUCUAUGAAAGUGCGCAUGAUGAAGCUAUAAAUAAAUUGCACAUCAUUGAUGAGAACCUCUUCAGUACUGGUGACGAUGGGGGUACAGUUAAACUUUGGGACAUACGAACUAAAGACUCUAUAUUUUCGUUAAAAGAAGUUGAAGAUUUUAUAUCACAAAUGCUCACAAACGAAUCAAAGAAAUUGUUAUUAGUUACGAGUGGUGAUGGUUAUCUUACCACAAUUAACAUAGGAUCACGUAAGCUGUUUGUACAAUCUGAACCGUAUGAAGAGGAACUUCAUUGUAUGGGUACAUUUCGUGGCAAUUCGAAACUAGUCGUGGGUACAUCGAAAGGUCGUCUUUAUACAUUUAAUUGGGGCCAAUUUGGCUAUCAUUGUGAUAUGUAUCCAGGCAUUAAUACGCCAAUCAGCGAAAUGAUACCUAUUACGGAUCGUAUUUCUUGUGUUGCGGGUGAAGAGGGUAUAAUACGUGCUUGCCAUAUAGCUCCAUUUCGCAAUCUGGGUGUUGUAGGGCAACACAAUAUGCCAAUUGAAAAUUUGGACGUCUGUAAUUCUGGUGAAUUGAUUGCCUCAUCGUCACAUAAUAAUGAUGUACGUUUUUGGAAUGUAAAAUAUUUUGAAGAUUUUGGUGACAUUAAAUAUAAUGAAAAGCAUAACACAUUUAAGGAUAAGCGACACAAUUUACCAUCUUCGAAAUUCACAAAUGCUGGUGACUUUUUUGCUGAUUUGGCAAAAUCUCCUAGCGAUGACAACGAAUAGAAAUGGUACGUUGAAAAUAUAGAAAUAAAAUAUGAAUUAAUGUAUAAGAAAUUUGCUGUAUGUAUUGUAAAUUUUUGUAAGAAAAUUGUGUUUAAUUAUAGAAUAAUUAAAACGAA